GAAGCGGGUAUUCAACGUAUCAGGAUCCAAGAUUUUCGCGCCAAACUAGUGUUUCAGCAUUCAGUAAGCAAGCUCAGUCGCAUGUAUUGGCAUGUAUGGCGCGCCCUUGUCGUACAAACAUUUUGUUUUUCUAGUAUAUUUUUAUAUAGUUUGCAUAUUUUUUGAGUGUAUAUUAAUUUAAAAUAAUGGGUCAGUCAGACGAUAUUGAUGAUUCUACUUAUAGUAGACAUCAGGAAUUAUGUCAAAAGUUGAAUAUGGAUGCAACAUCAGCAUCGGAGGCUUGGAGAUCCUACGAAACCAUAAGAGAAAAUUACUCACUUGAGGGUGAAACAAUUCAUUGGAUAGGAUGUGCUUUAUAUGUUGCCUGUCGCAAAACUUCUAGUUCAUAUACAGGAAGAUCUGCAUCAAAUGUUGAAACUAACAGAGUGUCAUUAACUCGACUUUUACGAUUAUGCAAUUUACCAUUAUUGGAAUUCUUUUCAAAAAGCAAACAAUGGGCAGACAUGGCCAAUAUGCCACAAGAUUUUCGUUCUCGAAUUGAAAAACUCGAACGAAACUUUGCUGUUUCUUUUAAUAUUUUUAAAAAAUAUAAACCAAUUUUUGCUGAUAUUUUUCAAAAUUCUGCAGAUUCUUUGCAACCUGUAAGAUCACGAAGACAAAGAAAUCUUCCGUGUACUCCAGCAAGAGUAUUUGAAUUUUGUUGGAGUCUUUUUGUAUGCAUUAAGGGUACAAUACCAGCUAUUUCUGAUGAUUUAGUUAACUCGUACCAUUUACUUGUAGUAUGUUGCGAUCUUAUGUACAAAAAUGCUAUUCUAAGCGACAGACGUGAUUUGCUAAAUCCCAAUUUUCCUGGCUUACCUUCAAAUUUUAAUGAAGAAAGUUCUGUUCCAAGUAGGACAGCGAACUGCAUUCUUGAAUUGUUAUCAAAUCGUCACGAUGCCAUUAAAGUUGAAGCAAUGAUCAUUAAGGAACAUAUUUUUAAAAAUCUUUUGAAUAAAUUAUUCAACGAUCAAGUCCUUCAAGGAGAUAAAUCAAAUUUUUCUGAAAUUUUGGAUACUGCAAACUUCGAUGCAAAUUUCAAAGCGGUGAAUAAAUUGUACGAACAUCAUGUACUUUCUGUUGGCGAUUUUGAUGAAAGAAUAUUUUUAGGUGAAAGUGCAAAUGCCAACAUUGGUUCACCUAGAAGAAUAAUAAAUGACGGAGACUUACAAGAACAAUUUCAAACAAGACGAGAAUCCGAAGGAGGACAGGUUCAAAAUUCUGCGCCACCAACUCCGUUAACUGGUCGAAAAUAUUUAAGACCUAGAGAUGCUUCCAAUACUGCACCAGUUUCGAAUGCUACCCAAAGUGUAAAUCGUCUAUUUCAUCUUUUAAAUAGAAGGCAGGGAUCACCGAGUGAAGCUUUGCUCGAGAUUUUCAAUAGUUGCACACGUGACGUUAAAACUAUUGUUGAAACUAAAGUAAAAGAGAUUGGAGAUUUAUUUUGUGCCAAGUACACACAAAAUGGAGCUGACAAUUCCUCUUUAGAUUUUGGAAAGAAAAGAGUUAAUCUAGCGCAACCGCUAUUUUAUAAAAUCUUCGAAAUGAUUCUCAAGGAUGAGAAAAAUAAAAAGCCGAAAUUUGACAUUACUAACUUAAUAACGAAUGAAGUAUUCGUUCAGUGCCUUUUUGCUUGUUGUUUGGAAAUAGUUAUUUACUCGUAUAAAAAUGAGGACAGAACAUUUCCUUGGAUUUUAAGUGCUUUAAACAUAGAAGCCUAUUAUUUUUAUAAAGUUAUUGAAAUUACCGUGAAGGUAGAGGAACAAUUAUCAAGAGACGUAGUUAAGCAUUUAAAUUGUAUUGAGGAAAAGAUUUUAGAGUCUUUAGCGUGGAAGAAAAAUAGUCCACUAUGGCUGGCUAUUGAAUCAACUGAAGGGGGCGUUCCAAGUUGCGAAGAAGUUUCGUUGCCAGGUUUUGCGGAUUCAGUUGAUCAAAAUAUACCAGGACAUCCUGGUUUGCGAAGAAUUGCUCUCGAUCGUGGAACACAUUACGAUGUACAAAGUCCCAUUUCAUCAGCAUCCGAAAGAUUCCAGUCGCCGAUUUCUACAACUGGUUUACCGAAAAAACAAUUAUUUGGUGACAGCAAAACCAGUGGUCACAGUGUGCUUAGAGUUGGUGGACAGAGUUUAUUAACUCCAAAACUUCUCUAUGUUUUACCCGAUCAAACGUCAACGCCAAAAUUACUAACUACAAACGUUAGUCCUCCAAAUAAAGAAGCAACAAAAUCUCGACGAACAGGCUCCGUGGCAUUAUUCUUCAGAAAAUUCUACAAUUUAGCAGCAGUUCGUAUGCACGAUUUGUGUCACAAUUUAUCAAUAGACGAUGAAGAUCUAAAGAAAAAAAUUUGGACAAUUUUCGAAUAUUCAAUUAAAGAGGCAACAUGUUUAAUGCGAGAUAGACAUCUCGAUCAAAUUCUCAUGUGUGCCGUUUAUGUGAUUUGUAAAUUAGCAAAAAUUGAUAGGAAUUCAUUCACUGAAAUUAUGAGAUGCUAUCGUCUUCAACCACAGGCAGAAUCUCACAUAUACAGAUCAGUGUUAAUUAAAAAUGAAAAUGAAAAUGAUCUUUCGAAUGAUUCUGAAAAUGGACUAAAUGCACAAGUGAAUAAUAUUGCUCCACCGACCCCAUCGAAUAUGGCAGGAACAUCACAAAACUUUGGCACUGAAAUACGCGGAGAUCUUAUCAAGUUUUACAAUACAGUUUAUGUACCACCAGUUAAGGAAUUCGCUAAUAAAUUAGGCAUAGGAAGGGCCAAUUCUUCAAAUCUCACACUCAGUCCUCUGCCCAGAGGCAAAUCAACCAAAAAAUCUCCCAUCAAGCGCAUUACAGGCUGUGUCACGACACGAAUGUUGAACUCCAAGGCAAUUUCUGCUACACCAGCACCAACACUGAGUUACUGUCUUGGUCGCAGUCCAGCUAAGGACUUGGAAGCUAUCAACAAAAUGGUAAUAUCUGUCGAUGCCAAGAAAUCUGUUGGAAAACGUUUACUUUCGGAUGAAGCGGACGUUGAAAUGUCUCAAGAACCGCUUAAAAAAUCUAUGACCACUGCUUUCGUUGCACGAAAGUUAGAAAAUAUAUUAGACGAUCGUCGCAUACAAAAUCAGUAGAUUCAUGGCAAUAUAUAAUAAAAUAACAUGUAAAAAGGUAAUGUUUACAUACAAACUAAACAAAUUAAGAUUACAAAAAUUAAACAAUUCACAUCAUGAAUUAUACAAAUCAAACUUUUAACAAAGCUCACGUUAGUAAAUGUAAUUUUUUUUUACUGACUUAAAUGCUUUAUAUUAUAAAUUAAAAACUGUAGGAUUAAUUAAUGUUUGCAUGAAAUACUCUUUUUUUUUCUUUUUUUUUUAUAAAGUAUUUUCACUCUCAAAAGUGCGUUCAUUGAUCAACAGUUAAUGUAACUGUUAAUAAUUUUUUAAUUAUGACCAUUAAUACAUUUCUUUCUGUUUAUUAUUUUUUUUUUUAAUUCGAACUUGUGCUUAACAUAAUGAUGUUAAAAGUAAGUAAUAAUUGUUUCUAAACGCAGGGUAAUUUUUCCCGAAAUCUUAUUUGAAAUGAUGUUUAAUCAGAUUUAUAUGUAUGAAAAUAAUUUUUUAUUUUCUGCAUAAUUGAAAAAUUCCAAUGGCAAAACAUUUGCACGGCGGGGCCGUACUCAUUUUCACAUUGUCUUGAUGGAAUUUAAAAAAAAAAACACGUCGUAGAUUAAUUUUAUUGUAUGUACUUUAAAUUUGACUGGCUUCUUUAAAGAUUUUUUUAAAGUAUGUAAGAUGUAUUAUCAACAAAGAGUAUCAGAGAAUAUAUAUUAUACAAGUAUGUUUAAGUAGAAGUGAGUAACCUUCGAAACAAGAAUAUAAACAUUGAUAGAUUGUUAUUUUUUUCAAGCAAAUAUUUUCAUUAAUUCUUACAGUGUAAAAUAAUUGACUAACGGUUUUGUUUUACUAAUCCACUUAUUAAAAUUAACCUGACAGAACGACAAAGAAUUUUCGUUAUGAAAAAUAGUUUUAAAGCAAACGAGGCGGUCAUUAAAAAAAUACAAUUGAGAAAUUAUAGAAUUUCUUGUUUUUUUUUUUUUUUUCUUUUUAAUGAAUUUUUUUGGUAAUUUUUCUAAAAUUAAGAGCAAAAUGUUUGAACUGCAACAAAUUAUUAAAAGGAAUCCUGAAUGUUUUGAUUAAUCAAAAUCACAAUCAUAAAAUAAUGUGAAUAAAAUUCAACGUAGGUUCUCAAAACAUAAACAUGCGAUUCGGGUGAUAUAUAAAAUUACGAUAAAUUUUGAUUUAGGGCUAGGUUGAAGAGUUACAUUAAUCGUUAUAUUAAUUUAUAGGUAAUGAAGAGAAGCCGACAAGUGCAAAACCUCUAUAAGAAUUUGCCUUUAAAGUUAAAAAAAAAUUAUGCGUUUACAUGAGCAAUAAAUGGACUUGAAGUUUUACGUUUUGAUAACGAUUAGUUUUUAAGCGUCAAAAUUAUAUUUGCUCAGGUCCACUGAUCUCAUAAUUAUUUUUUUUUAUUGCUAAGUAAUUUGUGCAUAAAUGAAGUUGAAAAAAAAAUUAAGGAAGUUCGCUGUUGGAGGUAUUGCAUAAUUGUAAUCGACUGCUCCUUGUGUGUAUCUUAGAUUUAUCGUUUCGAAUAUUCGUUUAAUUUUCGAAUAAUAUUUGUUAUAUUAUUGUGAUUCUGUACUUGGUGUAGCAAACGCUUCUAAAGUUUUAUCAGGAUAUAUUGAGUUAUUCCUUUGUAAAUAGUACAUUAACUUUAACUACAUUAGAAAAUAAAAAUAACUAAAAAAGUUAUUUACAUUUA